AUGUAUUCCAUACUGCUCUCAUUUAUCCUCGCAGGGGCUGCCAUCGUUCUUGCAGCCCCGUCCACGGUCGAUGCUCCUCGACGCGAUUCAUGGGAGGAAUGCGAAGCCCGUAUGAACGGUGAACUGCCGUACUACGUUCCUACUGGCUUCAACUUCUCUGGUAACGUUCGUCGAUACUACGUGGCGGCUGAACUCGUGACUUGGGAUUACGCUCCGUCAGGCUGGGACAACUGGCUUGGCGUCCCCAUGGAGGAGUCCUUCCGGGCCCAGACUCGAGGAUACAUCCACAAUGACACCACCAUUGGGACCAAAUACGACAAGGCCCUAUACCGGGGAUACACAGACGCCUCGUUCGAGGAGAGAACGGAACAGCCCGACUGGCUUGGCUAUCAGGGGCCAAUCCUCCGUGCAGAAGUCGGCGAUAUGAUAGAGAUCAUGUUCGUCAACAAGUUGGACCAUUUCUUCUCAGGCAUGCAUUCGAUGGGGCUGUAUUACACCAAGGAAGAUGAAGGCGCCAUUUAUUGGAAUGGGACUAACAGCGUUGCUCUCGGCCAAGCUGUGCCCCCGGGAGAAUGCUUCGUCUACAAAUGGCUCGUCCCAGCAGCCUCUGCUCCUGAACCCGGCUUCGAAAGCAGACUUUGGUCCUACCACCCCUAUGUCAGCAUGUAUCAAGACCAGGACGCCGGCUCCUACGGGCCCGUGAUCAUCUACAAUCCGGGGAAGAUGGAGUCCGUGAUGAAGCAGAACCGUGAAUUUAUCGUCCUUUACACCAACAACAACGAGUGGAAUUCUUUCCUCGCCCUGCACAACGUCCGCAAAUACAUCCCCGCCGUGGCAUCGCAGGUCGCGAAUGUGUCGGAUCAGUAUCCACGCGUGACUCGCGGAAUCGGCAAUUACAGCAUUUGGUAUCCGCAGUAUAUCAAUGUGCCGAAGACGACGGUUACGGCUCAAAUGGCGCCGGAAUUCUAUCCGUUGAAUGGCUACAUCUACGCCAACAACCCGCCCUUUGAAAUGUGCGUCGAUGACAGCGUCAUCUGGUACCUUUAUUCCAUGGGCACCGAGGCACACAGCUACCACCUGCACGGCGACAAUCUCUACAACCCUAACACCAGGGCCUGGACCGCCACCAUCCCUAUGGACCCCGGCCAGAUGCUGACCACGUUGAUGACGGCAUCUAAUCCUGGUUGGUGGUACUUGAUCUGCCAUUUUAAUGAUCAUCUGAGUGACGGAAUGGAGGCGAAUUACAUUGUGUAUGGUGGGCCCUAUGGGGAGUGUCCUCUUGAACCGUUGGAGAGGGGUUAUGAUGACGAUGACGAUGACGACGAUUAUGACGAUGGCGAUUAUGAUUAG